AGUAGGUAUUAUUUGUCAUCGAAAAUCGUAUUAGUUUUGGGAGCAAAGUUGUAUUUAUUUUUAUUGAAAUAAAAUGUAUAAAGUAGCAUUUUAUCUACUGUUCGUUAUAACAAGGUGCAUGAGUACAAGUGAUAUUGAUGUAAAAACUGAAGAAGAUGUAGGAGUAAAAUAUGCGAAUAGAUGCGAAGUCUGCAAGAUUCUGGCUACGGAACUGCAGAGUCGGCUUGAGGAGACCGGUAAAGUCCACGAAGUACUCGAAAUCGGAUAUUCACUGGAUGAUGUACAACCUAAGAAGAAAAUGAAGUACCAAAAGUCGGAAUUAAGACUCAUAGAAUCAUUAGAAGGCGUUUGUAAUAAAAUUCUAGAGUACAACAUCCACAAAGAGAGACAGGACAGCACUAGGUUUGCGAAAGGAAUGAGUCAAACUUUUAAAACUUUGCAUGGCUUAGUUGACAAAGGUGUAAAGGUAGAUCUUGGUAUACCCUUGGAAUUGUGGGACAAACCAUCAGCUGAAAUCACCCAAAUGAAAUCUCAAUGUGAAAGUCUUUUAGAGGAAAAUGAAGAUGCUAUUGAGGACUGGUACUGGAACCAUCAGGGUGAUGUAGAGUUAAAAAUUCACUUGUGCACCAAACAUGCUCUGCAGGGCACUGACGACUCUUGUCUGUACGAGACUCUGAACGACAAAGACAAGGGCGAGCGUGCGGACAAGUCGGAACUAUGAGAGUGAAUGACAAAUACUAGUUAAGAUGAAUAGACUGCAGUGAUUUUAUGCAUUUAUCAUAAGUUUUUGUAAAUGGAAUAUACAUUAUCAAUAUUUGAAUAAUAUUGAUUAUUUAAAUAAAUAAUGUUAUUGGGUACAAUGAAACCUCA